AUGCUGUCGUCGUCGACGGUGGCCGCAGGGCUCUGGCGGUCGUCCCGCGCAUACCAGGUGUACGCCGCAAACACUGACAUCGGCAAGACGGUGGUGUCGGCAGUGCUCUUCAAUGCGAUUCCUGCGUACCGGCCGUGGGCGAGCAGUAAGCUUCGGUUCCUGAAGCCCGUCAGCGCUGGGCCGGCCGCAGAGGCUGAUGACAGGCACAUAUCUCGAUUCACCAAGGGGGUCACGACCGCGUGUCUGUACGGGUAUGACCGUCCCGUGAGCCCGCAUCUCGCUGCCAGAGAUCUCAAGAUACCGCAUAACGAUGAGCUGCUAGAGAGCAUCAAGUCUACUCUCAACUACUGGGACCAGGAUGGACCGAGUUUUGCACUGGUAGAGUCGGCUGGCGGCGUCUUGAGCCCUGGGCCGAGCGGCCUGGUGCAGGCAGACCUGUACCGUCCCUUACGGUUGCCGGUGAUUCUCAUUGCAGACCACAGGCUUGGAGGCAUUUCCGCAUCUAUAUCAGCCUACGAGUCAUUGUGUAUCCGCGGGUACGACGUUGAAGGCAUUAUCCUCUUCCAGGAUCAAUUCUAUCAAAACCACGAGUACUUGAAGGAUUUCUUCAGCCAGAGGAACGUCAAGGUCUUCUCGCUGCCUCCUCCUCCUCCUCGUAAGGAGAAACUAGAUAGCGAGACUGCUAGGCUGAGGGACGAGGAAGCCAUGGCUUCGUUCUACGAGAAAACUGCCAGGCACGAUGAGGUGUUUGGCCUGAUUGAUGAGCUCUCUAGCAAACAUACUGAACGCUUAAAUCGGCUCGAUUCAAUGCCAGCAAAGGCCAAGGAGGUCAUCUGGUACCCGUUCACCCAACACAAUGGAAUGACACCAAAGGAUAUAAGCGUCAUUGACUCUGCAUAUGGUGAUUGCUUCCAAACCCUGGCUCGUCCGGAGAGCAGCACUUGUGAACACGUACUGCGACCAACAUUUGACGGAUCCGCGUCAUGGUGGACCCAGGGCCUGGGGCAUGGUAACCCGGAAUUGGCUCUCACUUCGGCCUAUGCGGCGGGUAGAUAUGGACAUGUCAUGUUUGCAGGAACCAUCCACGAACCAGCUCUCUCCCUGUCUGAACAAUUGCUGAAAACCUCGGGUAACCCUCGUCUGCAGAAAGUCUUCUUCACGGACAACGGUAGCACUGGUAUGGAAGUUGCUCUUAAAAUGGGGUUACGAGUGUCUUGCACUAGAUACGGGUGGGACGCAAGCAAGGAGGACAUUGGAAUAGUUGGCCUCAAGGGUAGUUACCACGGUGAUACCAUCGGAGUGAUGGACUGUUCAGAGCCUUCCACAUAUAAUAAAAAGGUGGAAUGGUACAGGGGCCGUGGCUAUUGGUUUGAUUUUCCAAUGGUUCGGAUGACAGACGGUGUUUGGAAAGUUUCUGUUCCCCAAGGGCUGAAGAAAGAGCUUGGAGACGAUGUAUCAUUUCGAAACAUCUCUUCUGUAUUUGAUUUGAACGCUCGCAAGGAGUCCAGCAUUGCCGGACGAUAUAGAAAUUAUAUCAAAAAGACACUAGAGAACGUUGUUCAAAGUGGCCAGAAGCUCGGUGCACUCAUCAUCGAACCUAUCAUCCUCGGCGCAGGAGGGAUGUUGUUCUGCCAGUGUCACCAGCAGCCUCCUACCUCUCCAGACUCAUGGUCUGGUUUGCCCGUUAUCUUUGAUGAAGUUUUCACUGGCUUGUACCGCCUUGGCCGCCGGACUGCUGCAUCAUUUUUGGACGUUGAUCCAGACGUUUCAGUGCAUGCAAAGCUACUAACCGGCGGCUUGAUGCCCCUCUGCACGACUCUAGCCAGUAAUGAAAUCUUCGAGACCUUCGAUAGCCCACACAAGUCCGAUGCACUGCUACAUGGCCACAGUUACACAGCUAACCCUGUUGGUUGCUCAGUUGCAAUGGCGUCUCUCCGGGAAAUGGAGAACAUGGAGCAUGCCGGAUAUUGGGAUGAAUUUGUGCAAGAUUGGAAGCGAACUACAACAACACCAGCCGGCAACAAUGCAAGGAGCCUUGCCCAGCCCGAGGUAUGGAGUUGUUGGCCACAGGCUCUUGUCACAGAUUUAUCUUAUGCAGAUGGCGUUGAGAGCGUAUUUGCAAUUGGAUCUGUCUUCUGUAUUACACUCCGAGAUCAGCAUGGCGGAGGAUACACAUCCAAUGCCGCAAGUGGUCUGCAAAAGAAACUGACGGCUGGUGAAGGGUCAUUUAAUAUCCAUUCCCGAGUUCUGGGAAAUGUACUCUACCUUAUGGCCAGCGUCACCUCGACGCGAGAAGUGCUGUCCAAGGUAGAGACUUUGUUGCGGAAAUCUCUGGUCGAAGAGAAUAGAGAAUGCAGCGUUCAGGAGGAGGUUGCUGUUCGAUAUGCAACCCUAAGAUGUUGA